AUUGCAGUCACUAUUCAACGGAUGCCACCUGGAAUUCUGACUAAGCGGCCACGGCAAAACUGAAACUGUCCCCCCAAGCCUUGUUCCCUUUGAAUUCCCAUGCGAAUUGCGAGAGAAACAAAACCAAUUCGAUGCAGGGCUUGGUGAAGACGGCAUUCUCUUAAUUAGCUCGAGAGAGCCAAAAACCCUAGCCCCCAUUUAGGAGGAAAUUGCUCCAAAUUGGCAUAGUUUGUUUGUCCGAUUUCAAUUUGAUAGGAUACUGGGGUUCCGACUACAAUCUGUUUGAGAAGAAGAUAUGGGGAAAGGAGCGGGUUGCGUGCCUAGCAAGAGACGGCCGCCGGCGGUGCGAGCGGAGAACUCUUCGAGUGAUGCAAAGAAUGCACCAGUUGCUAUAGAGGAGAGGGACGUUGAAAUUGAGACGGCAAACAGUGCACUUCCACAUCCGGCGGAGGUCAAGUUGAAGAUAUUUAUCGUGUUCUACUCCAUGUAUGGGCAUGUGGAGAGCUUGGCGAGAAGGAUAAAGAAGGGGGUGGAUGGAAUCGAUGGCGUUGAGGGAUUCUUGUACCGUGUGCCUGAAACGCUUCCACUUGAAGUUCUUGAGAUGAUGCAGGCGCCCCCUAAGAAUGAGGAAAUUCCAUUCAUUACUGCGGCAGAGCUCACUGAGGCUGACGGGAUUUUGUUUGGGUUUCCCACGAGGUUUGGAAGCAUGGCUGCUCAAAUGAAGGCGUUUUUUGAUAGUACAGGUCAGUUGUGGAAGGAACAGAAGCUGGCAGGGAAACCGGCUGGGUUCUUUGUGAGCACCGGGACACAAGGUGGAGGGCAAGAAACAACCGCUUGGACUGCAAUCACACAGCUGGCCCACCAUGGCAUGCUAUUUGUUCCUAUAGGUUACACGUUUGGUUCCAAUAUGUUCAAGAUGGAAGAGAUCAGAGGAGGCUCCCCAUAUGGUGCUGGAGUAUAUGCAGGUGAUGGUACUAGGGUAGCCAGUGAGGUGGAACUUGCUCUUGCUGAACACCAAGGGAAGUACAUGGCCUCCACUGUUAAGAAAAUGGCUCAGCCUUAGUCAAAGAAUCAAACUAUUUAUUUGGAUUUGUUUUCUGAAUUGAUUAUAAGGUUCUGCUUUUUUUUCUUCUUUUUUUUUUAUUUGUGGUUAUCAGCAAAAUAAACCUUAAGAAGUCUCUCAUUCCUCUUUUCUCUUGCUUUCUUACAUUCCUGUUAUGUUUCUCUUGUUCUGCAGUGCUAUUUACAGCAUCUUUGUGCAAGUUUUUAAAGGCUGGUAACCCUAGAAUAGUAGUGCUGAUUGUGGAUUCAAAUAUUUAUGGAGUGUCCUGGUGCUCUGGUUUCAUCUA